AUGGCUCAAACAGGAGGCGCAGAGUCUCAAAUCACGCUCCAUGGCUUCUGGACCACGUAUUCAAGCUGGACUGCUCGAGUUGUCUUGGUCCUCGAAUACUUCAAGAUCCCUUAUAAAGCGAACUACUACAACAUCUUCGACCCUGCCCAGCGGCCCACCGACGAGCGUUUCAACGGCCGCCUCUAUCCAAUGCUGCAGCCCCAUGACGAGGACCCGGACUUCUUGGUAGAAGAGUCGCUCGCCAUAUGCGAGUACCUGGCCGACAGGUUUCCCGACCAUGGCCUCUGGCCACGAGAUGCCAAGCUCCGAGCCCUGGCCCGCGCAGCCGCCGCGCAGAUGCACGCCGGCUUCGGCGAGAUGCGCAACACGUACCACACUAACUUUGUAGCCAAAUACACGGGGAAGAUCCCCGUCUCGGAGGCUGCAGCAAAUGAAAUCAGGAAGAUGGUAGGGAUCUGGAGUGGAGCGAGAGCCCACACCAAGAAGCGCCUCCAGGAGCUCGGGGAGGAGGACGAAGGGUUCCUGUUCGGCGCGUUCAGCAUCGCCGAUGCGUUCUUCUGGCCGGUUCUCUGGAGAUUCAGGAGCUACCAGCUUCCAAUGGAUGGCAUAUCCGAUGAUGGAUUAGCUUGGAUGGCCACGAUGUGGAACCACCCCGUUAUGAAGGCCCAGGCUCACGAUUAUUUUGAGCAGCGCAAGGACCCGAGUAUUUACGUCGACAAGUAUGAAAACUUGUUCAAAGGAAAUGCGGAGGUGCAUUUUGACCAGUUUGAUGAGGACUGGGAGUUUUCGCCUCACACAUGA